CUCAGAGUAUUUUAACUUGGUUUAGUUUAACAGUUUAAUUUAGAUGUUUGUUUCACUGUGAGUCUUCUGUCGGUGCAGAAAUGUUAAACGAAUGAAAACAAGCCGGCGCAGGGUAUCUACGUCAUCAAGCAGCGCCUGCAGCUCCGGCAGCGGGAGUUUGUCCAGAAACAAACAGGAGGUGGAACUCGGACCCGUGUGUUUCAGACGCUGUGACGCCAUGACGCAGAGGAAGAGGCUGUCGGGCUCCAGACAACACGGCUCCUUCGGGACUCAGGAAGACGAUGAGGACCCGGCCUUCACUCAGCCGAGUACGUCCCAGGUCCAGAGAGGACUGGAGAAGUUCACACCUGCACAGGUCGACCAAAAGACAGCAGAGGUGGUGCAGUACUUCCUGGUGAAGGACCAAAAGAAGAUUCCCAUCCGCCGAGCAGACUUGGUGAAACACGUGGUGAAAGAUUAUAGAAACAUUUACCCAGAGAUCCUGAAGAAGGCGACACGCACAUUUGACCAGGUAUUUGGUCUUAAACUGGUUGAAAUCGACACCAAAACUCACGUGUACAUCCUCAUUAAUAAGCUGGAAACGGCUGAAGAAGCCUCACGGAUCAACCCCACCAAUCCAAAGAUGGGUCUGCUGUUCGUCAUCCUCAGUGUUAUCUUCAUGAAAGGAGGCGUCGUUAGAGAAAUCCUCAUCUGGAACACUCUGAAGAAACUCCGAGUGGACGCUGGAGUGAAACAUGAAGAGUUUGGUGACGUGAAGAAGUUGGUCACAGACGAGUUUGUGCGUCAGAGGUACCUGGAGUAUGUGCGGAUCCCUCACACAGAACCAGCGGAGCAUGAAUUUCGCUGGGGUCAACGCGCUGACCUGGAAGUAUCAAAAGCCAAAAUCCUGGAGUUCAUGGGUGAACUUCACGAACAGGAGCCUCAGAGCUGGAGUCAGCAGUACAGAGAAGCCCACUCCACCCCCGACUCCACGCAGGCCAGCACCAGCAGCCAGAGAUAAACCACCCACGAUUCCUUUUCCCUUGCUCUUAUUUAUCCAGUGUGAUGCAUCACUUCCAGUUAUAUGUUCUGUGUUCACACUUCACCUUCGAGCCUCCAAUUCCUUUUUAAUGACAUCACACAAACGCUUCAGGUUUCCAUUCUCAUUUUAUUGCCUGGACGUCACCGUCACAGUUCAAGUUCAGAAAAUAAAAUGUUUUAUAAGAUUCAA